AUGGCUCAUCACCAUGAACCAUCCAUUCUGUUGCCUCUACUGCUCAUCACUCUGUCCCUAAUGAGUGGCAAAGAAGUUCUUGCAUCUCGUCACCUUGUCGAAACCACAUUGCCUACGGUUCCUGAGCUUCCUAAGGUGGAAUUACCACCUCUUCCUACACUGCCUACUUUGCCUAAAUUUGAACUUCCACCUCUGCCUCAUGUCCCAACUCUAGAAGAGCCCCAGCUGCCAACUUUGCCCAAGCCUGAAUUGCCAACCGUUCCACAUGUCCCAGCUUUGGAGAAGCCUGAACUGCCAGAAUUGCCUAAUAGCCCAUGGGUGAGUCCUACUCAAGUUGUGCCAAAAAAGUCUGGGAUCACGGUGGUGCAAAAUGAUAAGGGAGAAGAUGUCUCUACACGCCUCACUACAGGUUGGAAGGUGUGUAUCGAUUACAGGAGGUUGAAUGUGGUGAUAAGGAAGGACCAUUUCCCAUUGCCCUUUAUUGAUCAGGCAGUGGAGGCCCCGAGGAUUCCAUCUUUCGAAGGUGGAGAGGCCACUAGACCUUCCUCACCUACUUUUCAGCGCAAGUAUGAGACAAAGAGACCACCUACUACCCCAAGGGCGACUACUUCACGCCCCGAGAGUUUAGUACGGCGCCCUGAGGCCAAGAGAGCCAAGACUUCAGGUCCCGGGGAGUCAUCUAGAGCUUCUAAGCCUUCGAAAGAUUCUGAGUUACCUUCUGACAUGUCACUAGAGUCGAUUAUCAGACGUCCGAUGGUCACCACACUGCCCAUUGAGGGCAACUCAAAUUAUAGAGCAAGACCCUUCCACUCAAAGCUAUAUUUUGAUCAGAAGGCCAUGCGACAGAAGCUUGAGCUCUAA